AUCCGCGGUCCCAGGCAUCAUCACACGCCGUCAGAGUAUCAAAUGGGAUCCACCCGGUCAGAGCACCAACGUCUCUCUCUCUCUCAGCUGCUCAGCUCUGUCGUUCUCUCUCCCCCAUCUCUCUCUCUCUCAAGUGCCCAGCUCCACCACUCUCCCUCUCCCUCCCUCUCCCGCCUGAGAAGACAUUCGACAUCCAUGGCUUCUCCUCCCUCCAAUCCGCGUUGCCGACGAACAGGCACUCCAAACUGGCGCUGCCCUGAGAUGGCAUUGCCAGGAAAAACUAUCUGUGAGAAGCAUAGGUCGCAGUCUAUGCGAAACAACUUGAAGAAGCUACUUUCUAAUGAAAAGGAUGACGAAUGUGAGAUCCUCAGCCCGAAAAAUAACCAAUCAAAGGGGAAGGGGAAGAGUACGAAUGGGGAUGGCUCAAAAGGGAAGAAGAAGAAGAAGAGUCCGAAUGGGGAUGAAUCAAAGGGGAAGAAGAGGAAGAGUCCGAAUGGGGAUGUAUCAAAGGGGAAGAAGAGGAAGAGUCUGAAUGGGGAUGAAUCAAAGGGAAAGAAGAGGAAGAGUCCAAAUGGGGAUGAAUCAAAGGGGAAGAAGAAGAAGAGUCUGAAUGAUAAUGGUUCAAAAGGGAAUAAGAAGAGUAGAGCUGUGAAAGGAGAAUGGGAUAAGGUCAGAAAAAAGACGGGAAGGAAAAUAGAAGAUGGGUCUGGGAAAAAGGGACGUGUUGAGAACAUAGGCAUGCAUUCGGAAGGAUCUCUGGUACUAGAUCCUUUGUUAAUGUCUCCACAACCAAAAAAGGGUUUGCUUGUUGGAAAUUCUGCUCUUUUGGAACUAUUGAAGGGUGGGACAGGAGAUACUGCAAAGGGUGCAGCCCCAAAUGCUAAAACAGAAGGAACUAGUCGGGAGUCUCCCACAAUGCAAGAUCAGAAUCUGACUUUGUCUCCUCAGUUCAUGGCUCGCAGAAGUUGUAUCUUCGACUCCCUACCUCAAAACCCGCACUAUCUUCCGCUAGCAAGCUACAAUAGGGAAGUUCGCAAGGGAAUUAUUGUGGGGCUCGACAUCGCUUUCGUUGCAUUGUCUGAGAAAAUCCUGAAUUUGAAUCCGGAAAAUUUCAGGUACGAAAUUGGCGAUGUCAUGAAGCAGUUGUCAGACUUGGAACAGAUGGGAUACAAUGUGCAGAAGCUGAAGGAACGGUUGGAUACCCUUCGAGGGAUCCUUGAGCGCUACUUUGCUUCUGAAGAAAUGGUUAUGAACUUUGAAACUGAAGCCAGAGCUCAUGAGCUCAAAGUAGGCAGUGCUGAAGAUAGAAUUUCUGCAUUUGCAUCUCGUAUUUCCAAGUUGGAAAAGGAAAUUGAGAAAGUGAAGUCUGAAAUCAGUUCAGCAAGAAAUUAUUUGAGCAAUGGUAGAUCCGAAAUUGAGAACUUUGUGGCGCAGGCGGCAAUCGUGAAGAAAUAUUCUUGCAAUUUGAAGUCCGAGUUCAUUUCUACUGCUCAAUCUCCAUGGUAGCGAUGCUUUUGUUGUGGCAGCUUGAAAGCAUCUUGCAAUCAAUCCAUGCUGUUCCUGUAUCCUCAGAAUUUGGACUUUUGAGGAUCUGCUAAAUCCAAUCCUUGCUGUACUGGGACCCACAUCAGCACUUGGGUAAUGUAGGCUUUGUUAUAUAUGCUACAACUGUUUGUAUUGAAAUCCUUAUAUAUGCAUACAUCUCUUUCUACUAGACUUCUAGAAUUUGGAAUGCUAAUGUAUGUGUAGAUACUCCCAACUUCAGCUGCUAGCUUUUCAUCUUGCGCUUUGUUUUC